GUUACCUUUGGCGGCUACUUCGAAGCAAAUGUCAAAUUUGUUGUUCAAACCAUCACUGUUAUGCGUUUCCGUUACUAUUUUGGUUGAUGGUUCAGAAAUAGUUUGUUUUACUCGACAGAUUUGUUGUUGAAGUGUUUGUUUAAUCAAUUUCGAUGUGAUCGUCGUUAUCGUUGCGCCAGACACACAACCGAGAUGGAGUUUGACACAUCAGUAUUGAUGCGUCAGGCUGCUCCGCCAUCAGUUGAUGCAAGUGGCCCACUGAGCAAGAGACAAAUUCUGUUUACAAACUGGCUCCUACUUGGACUUGAUGUUCCAACACAGCAGAGGACUUACAGCAUUCCUUUCAAUAAGGACAUGUUCAACUUACCGAACAAGGCUGGUGCGGAGGCUAUCUUACACUUCCUGUUUGACAAGCUCAACCCUGUCAUGUGCAAGGAGGAGUUCAGAGAUUGCUGGCGUGUCACUGACAAGAAAACAGAAGCGAUGUUCUACAGAGUGUGUAACAAGUGGCUAAAAAACAUUCAAAAGGAGGAGCCUGACUCGCAUCUGCCCCGCAUCAACGCGUCCCUGUUUAUGUCUCCUGGAGGGGAACGGUUCUAUCAGCUGCUCUUCAGCUUCACCAGCUAUGUCAUGCAGCAGGUCAUCAAGCGAGACUGUGAUGUGAAGCAGCGUGAUAAGCUGACCUGUCCGCAGCUGUCCUCACACAACAAGCAUCUGAGUGAUGUCAUGUACCGCAUGCUGCAGUGUGGGAUCGUGCAGCGCAGAGGGAAGUUCCUGGAGCAGGUGGACAGAACCAUCUCCGUCAGUGAGGAGUGGAGAGAAACAGCCAGUGAACUAGUGAGGGAGAAUCGCCGCCUGUCCAAAAGUAUCCGAGAACUAGAACAUCAGUUGCGGGAAGAGAUACAGAGGGCACAUGAGAAGGGGCUCGCUCGUGGCAGUCCGAUGCCAUCCAAGAGAAAGUCCUUCACCUCAGAACAUGAUCGUACUCCACAAAACAUAAGAAGAGCCCAGAGAGUUCAGAAAGCACGAGACAAGUGGAAAAAACUGGACGCGUUUUGUAACUUUGAGACUCGAGAACGGCACGUGAUUGAGUCAAUCCUGGACCGAACGGUGCAGAAGUAUCACAUUGAUGCUGCAGAUAUCAGCGUCAAGGUCCCAGAUCUUCUCUUGAGGGAGUGUGAAAACGAAAUCUUGAAGCGACAUGUUGACAAUACCUACCAGGGAGGACGUCUGAAUCUCCUCAGUCUCAUUCAGCUGUGGAACCUGUCCCUGCAUCUCUACAUAGAGAGAUUCCAUCAGGUGGGAGUGCCAAGUUUAGAGACAGAAUCCAGUCACCUAACGGCUGCAGUCCACACACAUCAGGCCCAAACUGCCAAUGCUAAUGCCUUCCAGAAAAUGUUAUCUGAUGAUUUUUUGCCGCUCCUGAAACAGUCAGUCUCCCGUCUUCGUGAGAAGCUUGAGGCAGACACCAGCUGCCUGACAGAUACACCACAGUCAGGACGCACCAAGCCGGUUGGCCUUGGUCUGUUUUCAUCAACACCUCCAUUAUCCUUCACCCCCAAGGAUGAGGACCCUGUCCCCCCACAGUCUGCUCUGCACAUCACCCCACAAAACGAAGCCGUGAUGACUCCAGAAGCUGCUGAUUCCAUUGCCAGCACUGUGAUAAAGUCAGCCCGCAAUGUGGCCAAGACACUUUUCCAGGGCAGCCCUGUCUAUGCUCCCAAGAUGGCGAUGCAGGGGAGACUACCCUUCUCUGACAGAAUUGACACAAGUAAAAUUCCACAGCCAAAGCAGAUUAAAAAGGACAGGCCAACAAGCAGUAGGACCCCAUCUAAAGCAAGGGAACACCUGUAUCAGCAGUCUGUGCAGACUCCAGAUACCAGCUUACGAGGCCCUCACAUGUCAAUCCUGACAGAUCCUGUGUCCGAUGUCAUGUCUUCCAGUGCUUCAACUCGCUCCAGCACUCUCACAGAAUCACAGAUGGGCCCUGGCACUCCACGGAAUAUUGCAGGGAUUAGAGAAUUGUGGAAUGGUGCAGUGGAGAGUAAUGACAACACACUCACAGACUCAAAAAUAUUUCCAGGAACCCCACAUAGUGUUACAGGAAUCAGAGAAUCAUGGAAUGGUGGGAUGGAGAGUAAUAACAACGCACUCAAAGAAUCAAAAAUAGGUCCUGGCACACCACGUAGCGUCAAUGGUGGUGAUGUGUUGAUCAAAACAACUCCCAACAAGGAACCUUUCCUCCCUGUGCAGCAGCAACGGGAACAAAUGUGGAUGAGUUUGUGGAUGAAAUUGUGUCUCACAUGCUCGACCUAGAGGACUUUGAGGACACUGAGAACCAGCCCCCUCUCAACUACGCCCAGAGGCUGCAGGACCAGAC